GUAUAAAUUUUCUUUUAUAUAACAAUACUCUUUGAAAUUCUUACCAAUUGACCGGAUUGAGAUCUUUUCUAACAAAACAAUUUUACAACAAUUGAAUUAUGUAGUAGAUAUCUUCUCUUACAACUACAACCAUUCAAUGAAGAGAAUAUAAAUUCUGGAUCAGUUAGUAUAUUAAUAAGCGAAGCCCACCACUUCUCUCUCUCUCUCUCUCUCUCUCUCCAGUUUCCUUUUCCUCACCAUGGAUUCAACUCCAGCUGAAGAAAUACUCCACGAUUUUCCAUCCCACGUUCGAGUUUACAAAGAUGGCAGAGUAGUACGAUUCAAAGGCACGGAUACUGUCCCUCCCUCAACCAAUCCCGACACUGGCGUCCAAUCCAAAGAUGUCAUAAUCGAUCCAGAGACUGGUUUAUCUGCCAGGCUCUACAUCCCCAACAACCCACUUCACAACAAGCUUCCUAUUCUAGUUUACUUCCAUGGCGGAGGCUUCUGCACGGAAACCGCCUUCACUCUCACAUACCAUAACUAUCUCAAUUCACUUGUGGCCGAAGCCAGUGUCGUUGUCGUCUCUGUCGAUUACAGAAGAGCCCCUGAGCACCCUCUUCCAAUCGCUUACGAUGAUUCUUGGGCCGCUGUCAAGUGGGUUGCUUCUCACUCCUCGGCUGGUGGUGGUGAGGUAUGGCUAAAGGAGUAUGCUGAUUUUGAUCGGGUCUUCUUUGCAGGAGAUAGCGCAGGGGGUAACAUAGCACACAACAUGGGAAUUCGGGUCGGUUCCUGUGAACUGGAUGGUGUGAAGUUUGUUGGGAUGGUUUUAAUCCAUCCAUUUUUUGGAGGGAAAAGUCCAAUUGGUUCUGAAGGUAGUAAUAGUGAGAUGAUUAUUGGAAAAGAGGUUGCUGAUAAAUUAUGGCUCUUUGUGUACCCGUCGUCUAGCGGGUCUGAUGACCCUUUAUUCAACCCGGUUGUGGAUCCGAAGUUUUCGAGUCUGGUUUGUGACAAGGUGUUGGUAUGUGUAGCUGAGAAAGAUUUUUUUAAAGAUAGGGGUUGGUAUUACAAGGAGGAAUUGGGGAAGAGUGGGUGGGGAGGAGUAGUGGAGACUAUGGAGGCUGCAGGGGAAGGCCAUGUGUUCCAUUUGUUUAACCCGACUUGUGACAAUGCUAUGGCCAUGCUCAAACGAGUGGCUUGUUUCUUGAAUGAGGACAAUGCCUAGUUGAUUUUGUUGUGUUUGUAAACUUAUUUCUAUUGUUGUGUUUUUUUAACGUAAUUUUGUUGUAUCUAUCAAGUGUAGCUGUGAUUUAGUUCCAAAAAAAAAAAAUGUUGCUGUGAUUAAAUAAUGAAUAAAUCAAUUUACUGUUGUGUAA